GUUGCUGUGCCUUGAUAUAUUGCGGCGUGACCUCUUCUCGCACACAACAGCUCGUUCGCGUCGGGUGUUGAAAGUUUUAUUGUUGUGUGUUUGGAAUAGGGGGGCGACGACAACAUGCCUGCGACGCCGCGCUUCAAGGUGUCUCAGACGGACCUUGCCGUGGUGGUGUGCAUCAAGGUGCCGCACAUUCGCGUAGGGAGCGCGGAGACGCACGUUGACGGGACGGACUUCUCCUUCUACUGCAAGCCUUACCUGCUCAGGCUGACGCUCCCGUACGAGGUCGGGGGGGAGGACGACGACGGCAGCUGCAAGGCGGUGUACGACCCGAGCGAUGAGAACGGCACCAUCACGGUGAUUCCGGGGCAACAUUUCCCCGACCUUGAUCUAACGACGACCCUCAUGCAACCCCGUUGGACACCCAAGGACUUGCUGAAAGAGCGUCCGAGCGGCGGAGACGAAGGCGGGGCCGAGGGCGACGUGCCUGUCUCCUCCUUCUCCGGCGUCGAGGUGGUGUCGUCGGAACGCUAUGAUAUCCAUGGCGACGGCGACGACGAAGCCGCGGGCAACAACGGUAGCGGUAGGAGUAGUGCGGAGGGCGGUGGUGGUUCGCCCCUCCCGGGGGGAGGGACCGCCAUGGCGGGAAACAGCGCCGGCGCAGCGGCGGAAGGGCGACGAGCGGGAGGAGAGGGCGGCGGGGUGGGCUCUAAGGUCUUGAUCCGGCCUCCGAGUUACGGGUUCAAUGACAAGUUCAGCGGUUUUUUCACGUCUCUGAGGGACGAGCUUCGUGAGAUGAUUCACCUACCGGACCCGGACAACACUCCUCCUGAGGCCAGGCGAGGCCUUCGACUAGAGCACGAGCAAGCCGCCUUCGACCCGGACCGCUACCUCGGUGACCUCUUCGCCGAGGAAGAAGACCCGCUACUCACGGAAGCGCUAGCGUUCGAGCCCCACUGGCGGCUGAGGCUCCGAGCACGGCAGCAGCGGCAUCGUCGUCGACAACGGCGGAGAGGGCAAGCGCAAGAGCAAGAGAAGCGAAACAGGCAGGAAGAGGAUAGGCGGCAGGGGGUUGACGGAGGAGGAGGAAGAGGAGCGUCGCAGGCCUGGGAUGGUGGUGGAGAGGGAGCUCCAGAAGAUGGGGCUUUGCUGCAGGGGGCAAGAGGAGGUGUAGAAGGCAUUGUUGAGGCGGAGGCGGAGGCAGAGGGCCGCGGGGAUGGGGGACAGGACGAGGAAGAGGAAGGUUUUACGGAGGCGGAGCAGGAGCAGAUGAGGCGUCUUCCCAACCGCGAGUACCUCAUCGAAGCCGGAAGCGCGGAGGAGAGGCGCGUCUUGCUGGGCCUGGCCGACAUCUUGUUCGCUUACGCGUACGACCACCGGACCACGACGGGCGACGCCACCGUCGAGAGCCCCUGGACCGUGGCCGUUCUUAGCCCUCUCCUCAGCUGGCUCGAGACCCCUAGGGAGGGGGGGGACGUCGCGGAGUCAUCCCCUGUCACCACCGACGUCUCCGCCGAGACCGACGUGGCCCUGGCCGGCAUCCGCCGCAGCCUGAUCUUCCCGUACCUAAGGGUGUGGGAGCUGGGUGCUCUGGUGGCGAGGGACGUGAGGGAUAUCCUGGCGGCCGGCAAGCGAUGCAUCUUGCGCUGCCUGUUGCAGACGUACGCCCUGAUGGAGAGGGGGGAGGUGCACUACCUGCUGAACAAGCUCUUCAUCGAGGACUACUGCGUGUGGAUUCAGAAGGCUUCCGAGGAGUCUCUCGCCGCUUUGGCGGAGCGUUACGCUGCCGCCGCGGCCUCGAUCACCAAGAGCGGGGCGUGCCUGGACCUGGAGAGGAUCGAGGCUGACGCCGAGAGGAUGAUCGCAGUGGGGGAGGGCGGCAGGGAAGACGAAGAAGAGAGUUCGGCGGAAGAAGAGAGUUCGGAUGAAGAUGAAGAAUGUUCCGAGGAAAGUUCGGAGGAAAGUUCCGAAGAAAGCUCCGACGAGGAGAGCAGCACCGACGAAGACGACGGCGGCGGCGGCGGCGGCGAGGAGAAGAAAGCCGACGCGCAGCCGGGCGGCGAUGAAGCAUCGGGAGGCCCUCGCUUCGCCUGCGGCUGCACAUGACGCUAGCGCUGCUGCUGCUG